GCUUCAUCUUGCUCUGAUUAAUUCAGUUCUGCUACAUAUCAUAGGAAGGCAAAGACAAUGAACACUGAUCCAAAAACUCCAUUGCUGAGUCCUCCAAGUUCUCUAACAAGGAAAAAUGAGGGAAGAACACAAAAGGGUGUCCUUAUUUUCAUUGUUUCCAUCGUUUUUCUCAUGUCAUUGGCUGCACUUGUCAUAAGCCUCCAUAGCCAUAACAUCCAACCUUUACUAAGUAUUAUCGAGAGGCCUCUCACGAUCGAGAUCGACUUAAGGUCUCUACCCGAUAGCAGCUCCCUCCCAUUACAGCCUCGAGGUAUUGCAGAAGGUGUUUCAGCAAAGUCAAAUCCAUAUCUAUGGCAGAUAGGUUCGUAUAACUGGACAAACGCCAUGUUAUCGUGGCAAAGAACAGCUUUUCAUUUUCAACCUCAAAAGAACUGGAUGAACGAUCCUAACGGUCCAUUGUUAUACAAGGGGUGGUACCAUUUGUUUUACCAAUACAAUCCUGAUUCAGCUCUGUUUGCAAACAUAACGUGGGGCCACGCCGUAUCAAGGGACUUGAUUCACUGGUUCUACCUUCCCAUUGCGAUGCUUCGAGAUUCCUGGUACGAUAUCAAUGGUGUAUGGUCAGGAUCGGCCACUCUUUUGCCAGAUGGCAAAAUCGUCAUGCUCUACACCGGUAGCACCCAUCAGAACGUGCAAGUCCAAAAUCUUGCGUACCCCGCCAACCUAUCUGAUCCGCUUCUCAUUCAUUGGGUCAAGUACGCUGAUAACCCGCUCUUGGAGCCUCCACCGGGAAUUGGGCCAAAGGAUUUUCGUGACCCAACCACUGCGUGGAUUGGGCCUGAUGGCAAAUGGAGGAUCGCUAUUGGGUCAAAGGUCAACCAGACAGGUCUUUCGUUGGUGUAUAAAACCCAGGAUUUUAUCCACUACGAACUCAAUGAUCAGUACAUGCAUGAAGUCCCGGGUACGGGUAUGUGGGAGUGCGUGGACUUUUACCCGGUUUCGAUAAAUGGGUCUGAUGGGUUGGAUACAUCUGCAAAUGGGCCAGAUGUGAAACAUGUGUUGAAGUCUAGUUUGGAUGACACUAGGGGGGAUCAUUAUGCUAUUGGGACCUACUUCAAUGAAAAUGAUACGUGGGUGCCCGAUAACCCGGAUGAGGAUGUGGGUAUCGGGUUGAAGUUGGACUACGGGAGAUUCUAUGCGUCAAAGACGUUUUAUGACCAAGACAAAAAGAGAAGGGUCCUGUGGGGUUGGAUCAACGAAUCAGACAGCGAAACCGCUGACUUGAAAAAGGGUUGGGCAUCUCUUCAGAGUAUUCCAAGAACAGUGGUGUUUGACAAUAAAACUAGAGCUCAUUUGCUUCAGUGGCCAGUGGAAGAAAUAGAGAGCUUAAGGCUUAAUAGUUAUGAAUUUGAAGAAGUCGUGGUUAAGCCGGGCUCAGUUCUGCCAUUGGACAUAGGUCCUGCCACACAGUUGGACAUAUUCGCUGAAUUUGAAAUCGAAUAUUUAGUAUCCAAAGAGACCGAGAAGAAGGAAAAUGUAGGGUGUGGAAAUGGAGCUUUUGACAGAAGUAGUCUGGGACCAUUUGGCAUUCUGGCUCUUGCAGAUGACCAACUUUCUGAGCUAACACCAAUUUAUUUCCAUCUUUCUAGUACUACCACCAGUUUAACAUCUUCCUUCUGUGUUGAUGAAACCAGGUCUUCAAAGGCUCCUGAUGUUUCAAAGCUCGUAUUUGGAAGCGAAGUUCCAGUUGUCAGUGAUGAAAGAUUAUCAAUGAGGAUAUUGGUGGACCAUUCAGUCAUUGAGAGCUUUGCUCAGGGAGGGAGAACUGUGAUAUCGUCUAGAGUUUAUCCAACAAAAGCAAUUUACGAAGCUGCAAGAUUGUUUGUGUUCAACAACGCAACAGACAUGAACAUCAAGGCCUCACUCAAGAUUUGGCAAUUGAACUCAGCUUUUAUACGUCCCUUUCCCUUUGACAAGAAGUUGUGAAUGUGAAAAUUAUGUUUUGGAGUAGGGUAUACUAUAGCCCCUCCUUGGGAAAAAUAACAAUGAAUCUUGUGGCUUCUACCAUAUAUAAAACUGAUAAAUUUAAGGUUGAG